AUUAUUAUUAUUAUUUUUUCAGAAAUGGGAUCAAAACCCUAAUUUUGGAGAGAGCCAAAGUGUUGCGCCCAAAAGGAGCAGCUCUUGGAGUUUGGACGAAUGGUUGGCGUGCCCUUGAUGUUCUUGGUGUUGGUGACACACUUCGACAAAAAUCACUGCCAUUGCAUGCAAUGACACAGGUUUCACUUCGAGAUGGUAGGCAACAAUCAACGCCUUGCGGGAAAGAAGAGAUGCGAUGUAUGAAAAGGAGUGAUCUUAUGGAAACUCUAGCAUAUGAGUUACCACCCGGAACCAUCCGCUUUAAUUGCAGAGCAAUCGGUGUCGAGAUUUCUCCAAGUUCUGAUUCCAUUCUUCACCUAGAUGAUGGCACAACAAUAAGAUCAAGGGUUGUAGUCGGUUGCGAAGGUGUCAGUUCCAUAAUUGCGAAGGCAUUGGGAAUGGAGGCUCCAAGGAUUGAUUCCCGAAUAGGGAUUAGGGGGCUUACUACUUAUGCAGGAGAUGGACACAAUUUUGAGAACCAAAAUUUCCUAUUUAGGACUGAUAAAAUUGUAUUUGGGAGGCUUCCAAUCAACCACAACUUGGUCUACUGGUUCAUGAGCCCCAUUAGGGUUCCUCAAGAUUCCGAUAAUUCGAAGGAUCCUGUGCUCAUAAAAAAGCUGGCUCUCGAAACCAUUAAUGAUUUCCCAGAGGGAAUAAUCGAAAUGGUUAAGCAAAGUGAUCCAAUUUCAUUGAGCCUCACUCGGUUUAGGUUCCGGCCACCAUGGGAGCUGAUGCGAAAAAGUUGGCACAAAGGCACAGUCACUCUGGCUGGAGACGCCAUGCAUGCCAUGGGACCAUAUCUGGGUCAAGGUUGCUCGCUAGGCCUAGAAGAUUCGAUCGUGCUAAGCCGGUGCAUCGGGUCAGCCAUGCGCAAAGCUCGAAAAGAGAAUGACAGGCAAACCAGAGAGGCUAUAAGCUCAGCAAUUGAAAAGUAUGUGAAAGAAAGGAAGAUGAGGGUGCUAAGGAUGUCUAGUCAAACUUACCUUAGUGGCUUGCUGGUAAAGCCGAUAUCACCUGUGUUGAAACUGGCCAUCCAAGUUGUUUUGUUCGUUUUGUUUGGGAAACAGUUCAGUCAUGCUCAAUAUGAUUGUGGAACUCUCUUGGCCAUAUUGUAGAAGUGGUACAAAUCAUUAAUCAUAGACAUAUUGUUAUUUUGAAAGGCUCAGUAUCAUAUUACCA